UCUAUAUAUAUACAUGUAUGUUGUCUUCCAUGUCAAACUACUAUACUCUCCAGGUUUAACCCACUGAGAUUUUCAAUCUUUUUUCUCUCCUAAAAUGGCAGGAAAUUAUCAGCUUGCAUUAGAAGAAAGAUCAUCAUGGCUCCAGACAGAAAAUAUAUGGAGUUCACGGCAACAUCAGAAGAGUCUCUGGUCACCGACAACUCGAGAAUCACCGAACUCAGAAUUGAACUCAAAGCCACAACUGCGACAAAUAUAUCACAAGGACUGGGCGGCCUGGAGAAAUGAAAUGCAGACGAUUUCUCUCGAUUCUCCGAAGAAGUCAUGCGGCACUGGUUUUUUUCUACCUCGAAGCGCAGAAACAGAUUUCCAGAUAACCAACAAGUCAGAUACGAAAAGAAGCUCAGAGAACUGGAACAACAAUGUAGCUGGGAACAAGAAAAGCCAACGAAGUGCUGCAAGUUAUAAAACAAGCAGCUCUCCUCAUUACAUAUAUCUCCCAAAAGAAUGGACUUAUUAGCUUAUUUGUUGCAUGAAUAUACCAUGUUUUACUACAAAAAUAAACACAUAUCAGGUUCCUGUA